UCGAGUAGCGCCCAAGUCGGAUAACUCUAGGUUAAGAUUGGCCAGAGCGGCCAGCAACGCAGAGUUAAAGGAGGCGGAGGUCUUCUCUCUAGCGCAGGCGGCCAGGCCACACGUGUAGUCAACACACACACAUAAAAAUGCGUCACGUAGCUGCCUACCUUUUGGCCUCGCUGGGCAAUAACCAGCCAACAGCAACAAACAUAAAAUCCAUCCUUGCCAGUGUUGGUGUUGAAGCUGAUGAUAAACAGCUUGCAGUUCUAAUUAAGAAGUUGGAAGGAAAGAAUCUUAAUCAAAUUAUUGCUGAAGGAACAGCAUUAAUUUCAUCAAUGCCUUCCUGUGGUGGUGGUGGCGGCGGCGGUGGUAAGGGCACUGUAGCUGCUGCUGCACCUGCUGCCGGUGGUGGAGCCCCAGCUGCUCAAGAAAAGAAGGAAGAAAAGAAAGAAGAACCUGAGGAAGAGUCAGAUGAUGAUAUGGGCUUUGGUCUUUUUGAUUAAAUAAAAUAUUUGCCCA